AUGGAGCGUGGGAGGCUUUAUCUGGCUGCGAUGAAAGGUGACUGGAAAUCUAUUGAGGACAUGCCUGUCAUUCAAAAAGAAAUUUGUAAGAGCGGAGAAACCACUCUUCAUAUUGCGGUUGUAGCAAACCAGGAACUCUUUGUGGAGAAAUUAUUGGACUGGAUGAUAUCGAAAGACUACGAUUUAACAGUUGCAAAUAAGAUUGGGAGCACUGCCUUAGCCUUCGCUGCUGCUGUUGGAAAUAUGAAUAUAGCCAAAAUGAUGGUGACUAUAAAUGCAAACCUGCCAAACAAAGCCACUACUGGGGAGAAGCCGAAGAAACCAGUCUAUGUGGCUGCUUUCUCGGGACACAGUGAAAUGGUGCGGUAUCUUAUAGAUAAUACUGCGAUGGAUGAAAACGAACGGGCUGAAAUAUUUAUCGUUUGUGUCAAGAAUGACUUGUAUGAAGUAGCAUUGGAAAUGCUUGAGAAUCCAGAAUGGAAUUUAGCUAGAGCUAUGGAUGAAAGCGGAGAGACUGCAUUGCAUGUGUUAGCUCGCAAGCCUUCUGCCUUUGUUAGUGCAAGUCAAUCGGGACGGUUAAGGGGACUCAUCAAUAUUUCCUGGAAUCAAGAAAACUCGAAGCAAUCUAAAGCCAAUAAAUUGUUUGAAAAAUGUCUUCAGGCUUACGAAUGUGAUGUUGAGAGUUUAGGAAGUAUUCCAGAGAUUCCAGAAGUUCUAUUUCUUGCAGCUGAAGUAGGAAACAUUGAGCUUUUGGUCAAGUUAAUUCGUUUUGACUUUGAUCUAUUAUGGGAAAGAAAUGAGGUCAGAAAAAACAUAUUUCAUAUUGCUGUUGAGAAGCGCCAUGAAAGCAUCUUCAUUUUACUUAAAGAAUUAGAAUCAAUUGGAGAUAUAAUAGUAAAUGGAAUACUUGAAGAUCAAAACAACAUAUUGCAUUUAGCUGCAGGAGUCGCACCUCAAGAGAAGCUCAAUGCUAUAUCAGGAGUAGCUCUUCAAAUGCAACGAGAACUAUUAUGGUUCGAGGAGGUGAAAAAGUUUGUAAGUCCUGACUACAUAGAUAUGAAAAAUGAAGACGGGGACACACCGUAUGCUUUAUUUGCGAGGAACCACGAGGGGUUAAGGAAAAAGGGAGAGAAGUGGAUGAUAGGCACAGCUAAUUAUUCUAUGGUGGUUGCUGCACUAAUUGGCUCUAUAAUGUUUACUGGCCAAGUAGCUGAUGGAUUAAACGAGAAUCCUCAUCUUUUUCUGGCCUUCACAGUUUCAACUGCAAUAUCAUUAUUUGGUUCAUCAACAUCCCUGAUAAUGUUCUUAUCCAUUCUUACCUCGCGUUACUCAUUCGAGGACUUCCUUGUAUCGUUACCUGUUAGGUUGAUGAUUGGAGUCACUUCACUUUACAUCUCAAUUGCCGCCAUGAUGGUUUCAUUUGCUACAUCCUUUUGGUUGAAGAAUUAUAAUCAACGGGAUGUGAUCUUUGUUGUCAUUGGUUUAUGUGCUUGUGUGCCAAUCAUGGACGUGUUGCUGAAGUACCGCCUAGUUUUUGAUAUAUUCCAAUCUACCUUCUUUCGGUUUCGGCCACAACACCGUCUACUUCAGGAUAAGAUUUCUAAUGCACCGGUGCGUAGAUCCCAGUCCCACGCGCCUGCGGAUCUCGCGAGUGUCUGAAUCCAACACCCACCGCAUAAAGCUGGCGAAUAAAAUAAUGGAAGUUACUUUACUAGCAAUGGCCAGUCUAGUAGAGCGACUAGUCAAUCUUUCUGUUGCUUUCCUUUCUACGUGUGCCUAA